UUCGCCACAGGGAUGCUCGCAGGUAAAAGAUACCCUUCUUUACUUUUUGGGACACCCAGAUCACCCAAGAGUAUUAUUGGGAAAAGCGGUCCCCUCUGGCAAUACAUACUGGAUCACUCUUUGCGGGAACACCCAAUUCUAAAGAAGCUGCGCCUGCUCACUGCUGAUCACCCCCGGGGUGGAAUGAUGGUGUCCUGUGACCAGGCUCAGCUCAUGGCAAAUUUGGUCAAACUCAUUAAAGCCAAGAAAGUUAUUGAAAUAGGUGUUUUCACAGGUUAUAAUACCUUGAAUAUGGCACUUGUCCUACCAGAUAAUGGCAGAGUUAUUGCCUGUGAUAUAAAUGAGGACAAUGUCAAGAUUGGAAAGCCACUGUGGAAAGAGGCAGGAGUAGAGCAUAAAAUUGACCUGCGGAUUAAGCCAGCAAUUCAAACACUUGAUGAACUGCUGGCCAGCGGAGAAGCGGAAACCUUUGACUUUGCUUUCAUUGACGCAGAUAAAGAAAGCUGCAAUGAGUACUAUGAAAAAUGUUUGCGCCUCAUAAAGAAAGGGGGAAUAAUAGCUAUUGAUAAUGUCCUUUGGAGUGGAAGGGUGCUAAACCCAAGAAAGGAUGACUUGGCAACCCAGAGCAUCCACUACCUCAACGAGAAGCUCCUCAGAGAUGCACGAGUGAACAUCAGCAUGCUCCCAAUGGGGGAUGGGGUCACAUUAGCAUUCAAGUUGUAA